AACUCGAUUGUAGAGGGCGGUAGUGGAAAAGAAGCUUCGGAAACAGCUAUCGGCCCUGUUGGUUUUGUCGGUAUUGAAUUCUGUGGAAGGUGUUGAAAGUGUCACAAAAAUGAAAACUUACAGUCGCAAGAAACAGUCGCCAAGAUAUGAUUUUGACGACACGUCUAUGAAUUUUAAUGAAAUAUGCAGGCUAUGUUUAUCAGAAGAAGGAGAAAAGGUUCAGAUUUUUGAAGUUGUUGAUGAGGUUCCUCUCCCAUUGAAAAUAAUGGCUUGUGUGUCAGUAGAGGUUUUUGAAGGGGAUGGUUUGCCAUCUCAGAUAUGCCGACAGUGUACUGAAGAAUUAGACAGUUAUUACAAAUUCAAGCAGAAAUGUGAAAACUCGGAUGCUAGACUGAGACAGCGUCUGAAAAAUAUUAAAACAAUGCAAUUCCAAGCCAAGGUACCUCAGACUUCAAGCCUGAUUAAAGGAGAUGAAGAUGAAGAUUCAAAUGAAGUAGAUGAUUUAUUUACACAGCAGGAAGAAGAGGAACAAGAAAUCAUAAAUAAUAUCAGAGAAGAUCUUGAAAAUCAUAAAAGAAAUAAUGUAAAUAGUGGUCCAGUUGAUCAGAGUAUAAACUACAAUGUAAAGACAAAUGUGGGUGAGAGAAAUAAUGAAAGGGAAGGUGCUGUACGUCCUACAAGGUCCUCUGAAAAUUACAUGCAAUCAAGUUUCAAGCGGUCCGCAAAUAUGACAAUGUUAGCAGUGAAACAUGAACAGGUUGAAUCAGAACAUUCCAAUGUAGCUACAAAACAGAACCAGAAUCUUCAGAGUGGUGAUCAGAACCAAGGACAGCAGCAGAGUGAUGCUGCUGUGGGUUCACUCCCUUCCAUCAGCCAUCUGCAGCAUUAUACUCCACAAGGUUUACCAUUCAUAUGCACCAACUGUCCAAAGAGAUUUGCAAAAAGAAUUGACCUGCGCCGCCACGAAUCAGUUCACAAUCAACAACGAGGUUUCGAGUGUCCUGUGUGCGAGAAGUGGUUUCCCAAUAAGACAAGUUUUGGGCGCCAUCAGCGCACCCACACAGGGGAGCGCCCUUUCUCUUGCAAUCACUGUGCCAAGAGCUUUUCACAAGGAGCUAUCCUUGCUCGUCACAUUAUGACUCACACAGGAGUCAAACCAUUUAAGUGUGAAAUCUGCUGCAAAGGGUUUACACAGCGAGAAGGUCUUCGUACCCAUAUGCGUCAGCACACUAAUGAGCAACCAGAAAUACAGCUUCAUGAAUGCCCUCUUUGUGAAAAGUCAUUCUGCCAUCCAUCUGGCCUCUCCAGACAUUUAAUUAUACACACUGGAAAAACAUUUGAUUGUACUAUAUGUCCUAAAGUUUUCACGGAUUCAUCAUCUCUUAGAAGGCACAUGAGACGUCAUGGGGAUACCUCAGAAUCACCAUUAAAUCAACCACCA